ACCCCCAUGCCGUCCAGCCAGUGUAACCAGCGAAUGGUAGUUGGUAGAGAAGGCGGCGCAAUGACCAAAACAUUAAGAGGCUGCACGAACAUCGGUGCGAUGAAGGGGGUAACCAUCCGUCUCGCGCGCGCGUGGCAACAAUAACAAACCACUGAAGUUGUAAAGCGGGGUGGGGUGCCGGGUGGGGAGGCGGCAGGAAAGAACAGGAAUUGCUCGCUGACCAAGAAGAGCUACGGCUUCAACGAGGGGAGGGAGGGGCUUCCGAAUGAAAGCAAGGCCUGCCUCCCAAAUAAUGGCAGUGUCCAAGUGAGCUUUGUCGUGUCCUGUCUCCAGGCUGGAAAAGACACGCCGCUGUUCUGGCUUCUAGAAGGCAGGCGGCGGCUUCCCCCACCUCUGGGCCUUUGUUGCUAAUCUUUUAAUCUGCUCCGGAAAGGAGAGAAGGGGAUUUAGGGAGGACUGCAGCAGCUGCAAGCAACCCCCGCAAAUCUCUGGCCUCGGCCAGCAUCCUCCCUUCCCCUAGAGCUUGCUUCGGCUGCAGCGACGUCUCCUCCUCCUCACGUGACCAGCCCGGCAAGUUGGGCACUGGGAGAGAGCGAACGAGGCUGGCAGCCAGCCAGCCAGCCAGCCACUGGGGCCAAUGCCGCAACAACAAUAAAGAGCGGCAAAAAAGCGGCGGGGGUGUGUGAGGAGAGCCUGCCUCAGAGGCGCUCAAACAGAACGUUCGGCGGGCUCAAGUAGCGCGAGGAGGAGCCGCCGCCGCCGGACAAGCAGCGCGAACCUCCGGGGGAAAGGACUCCUCUCAGCUCCUCCUUUCGUCCGUUCACUGCCCGUUCCUGGGCGGGUAGUCCGCCCCCUUGCGGGGCUCGACGGCUCCCUCCAUACACGCACCACAAAACGGAGGAGGAUGGCGGGUUGGCUGUUGCCGUAAGAGCAGCCCUGGGGAGCAGAGCCUUCCCCGGGAGCAACAAGAAGUCGGGGAGGAAACCAGCCGAGCCUUGGCGGGAAGCGCAAAGCCAGCGAGAUGGCCAACGAGUCGCUUCAGAGUGAUCCAGACAACUGGUCAGUGCUGGACCAGCUGGGCCUGGACCAGAGCUCAGAUUUCUCAGACACCAGCGUGCAGCAGAAGUUGGAUGAAGAAAAGGAGAAAAUUAAGCGUGAGAUCCGCAAAGAGUUGAAGAUAAAGGAGGGAGCAGAAAACUUGCGCAAGGCCACCACAGACCGUAAGAACCUCUCCAAUGUGGAGAAUUUGCUCAAGAGCUCCAACCGCAAACUGGAGGCCCUGCACCACCAACUGCAAGAUCUCAAUGCACAUAUUGUCGUAAAAGACCCUGAAGAGCUGGGGGAUGCCCCGCAAUCGCCAAGCAGCCUGAGCCGAUCAACAGCUACCAAAAACCGCAUUGCUGGUCUGGAGAAGCAGCUCAAUAUUGAGCUGAAGGUGAAGCAGGGAGCAGAGAACAUGAUCCAGAUGUAUGCUAACGGUGCUGCCAAGGCAACAGGUCUCCAGUGUCUCUGGCAGAGUCCUCUCUCAACGCUGCUACCCAAGGAUCGGAAGCUGCUGCAGACAGCCCAGCAGAUGCUACAGGACAGCAAGACUAAGAUCAAUAUAAUCCGCAUGCAGAUCCGCAAGGCUAUGCAGGCUGACGAGGUGCAGCUGAAUAUGGAGGAUGGGCAAGGUAACACGGAUCUGAGCACCAUAGAGUUGAGGAUUGAAGAACUGCGACAUCACUUCCGGGUGGAGCAUGCUGUAUCUGAGGGAGCCAAGAAUGUACUGCGCCUUCUGAGCUCCAGCAAAGUUCAGGACCGUCAUGCCAUCUCAGAGGCACAGACCAAGCUGAAUGAGUCAAGUCAGAAGCUGGACCUUUUGCGGCACUCUCUGGAACAGCGGCUGGCUGAGUUGCCUCAAGAUCACCCAAAGGGCUGCAUCAUCAAGGAGGAGCUCAUCCUGGCAUCCUCCCCAGCCUUCAGUGCCCGCAGUACCACUUCCUACCAACACAACCAGUACAACCAAUACAACACCCUCUCAAAGCCAUCUCCACUCACAGGAACACUGGAAGUUCAGUUGCUGGGCUGCAGUGAUCUGUUGGAGUUUGUCCCAGGACGCACCCGUGGCUCUACUGUCUCCCUGCCAUGCAACAGCCCUGGUGAAGCACGGCCCUCUUUCAUGAGUCGCAGUGGGCGAGGGCUGUACAGCCGGAGUGGUAGCGUAAGCGGCAGGACAACCAUCAAAACUGAAGAUAACAGCAAUGAGGUGAGUGCUGUACUGAAGCUGGAUAAUGCAGUUGUAGGCCAGUCAGCCUGGAAGCCCAGCAGCCUGGAAGCCUGGAACCAGACUUUCACAGUGGAGCUGGAGAGGGCAAGAGAGCUGGAGAUUGGUGUGUACUGGCGUGAUUACCGCAGUCUCUGUGCCCUGAAAUACCUCAAGCUGGAGGAUUUUCUUGACAACCAACGUCAUGAAAUCCACCUGGAGUUGGAGCCACAGGGUACUCUCUUGGCAGAGGUUACCUUUUUCAACCCUGUCAUCGAGCGCAUACCCAAGCUCCAGCGGCAAAAGAAGAUCUUUUCUAAGCAGCAAGGAAAAGCCUUCCUGCGCGCCCGCCAGAUGAACAUUGAUAUUGCCACUUGGGUGCGACUCCUGCGGCGCAUCAUCCCCACUGCCAACACCACAGGCACUUACAGCCCUUCAACACAGAUGACCCCGACAUCUAGUUCGGAGAGUAGGCAUGGCCUCAACUCUGAGGACAUUGCCAUUGAGCAGCUGAGCUUAGAUGGGGACAGAAUUCAGAUUGAACAUGUGGGUCAGGAUGACAGUGAGCUGUCUGGGAAAGUUUUGUUGACCUCACAAGUUGGAGAGGAGAUUCCCUUCCAGGUGGAGCUGGGCUCGGGAGGCGAGGCCAGAGGAUCUGACGGUAUUUUUCACAGCAGCCAUCCGGGAAAAACACCCCUCACCAUGGAUGACUUUCAUUUUGUAGCUGUGCUGGGUCGUGGCCACUUUGGGAAAGUGCUGUUGUCUGAGUUACACCGAACAGGGGAGCUGUUUGCCAUUAAAGCCCUGAAGAAGGGUGACAUUAUCGCAAGGGAUGAGGUGGAGAGCCUGAUGUGUGAGAAGCGGAUCUUUGAGACUGUGACCCAUGCGCGGCACCCCUUCCUAGUGAACCUCUUCGCCUGUUUCCAGACACCUCAGCAUGUCUGUUUUGUCAUGGAAUACACAGCAGGUGGAGAUCUCAUGAUGCACAUCCACACAGAUGUAUUCACAGAGCCACGUGCCACGUUUUAUGCUGCUUGUGUUGUCCUGGGGCUGCAAUUUCUUCAUGUCCACAAAAUUGUAUACAGGGAUCUAAAGCUGGAUAACUUACUGCUGGACACAGAGGGAUUUGUGAAGAUUGCAGACUUUGGCCUCUGCAAAGAAGGGAUGGGCUAUGCUGAUCGCACCAGCACAUUCUGUGGGACACCAGAGUUUUUGGCUCCUGAGGUGCUGACCGACACAUCGUACACAAGAGCAGUUGACUGGUGGGGACUGGGUGUACUUAUCUAUGAGAUGCUUGUGGGAGAGUCCCCAUUCCCUGGUGAUGAUGAAGAAGAAGUAUUUGACAGCAUUGUCAAUGAUGAGGUGCGCUACCCUCGCUUCCUUUCCACAGAGGCCAUUGGCAUCAUGCGUCGGCUGUUGCGGCGGAACCCAGAACGGCGCUUGGGCUCCAGUGAGCGUGAUGCUGAGGAUGUGAAGAAGCAGCCAUUCUUCAGGAGCAUUGAGUGGGAAGCCCUCCUCGCCCGUAAGAUCAAGCCACCAUUUGUGCCAGUAGUCAAGGGCCGUGAAGACAUCAGCAACUUUGAUGAGGAGUUCACAGCUGAAGCAGCUCUGCUGACACCGCCCCGUGAAUCGCGGCCCCUCACUCAAAAAGAGCAGGAUGCCUUCAAGGACUUUGACUAUGUUUCCAAUGCCUGCUAGCUCUAGGAGUGGGGGCAAGGAGAUCCCCCCCAAUACGGUCAGCCCUAUGGGGCACAGCUCUGCUCCACUCAGACGCUUGCUAGCCCUGCUGCUAGUUCCAGGAGUGGAGCUGGGACAGCCCAGCAACACUGCCAACUUCAUGGGGGUAGAGUAAUGUUCACCAACAUAUGCCUGCUCUGGGACUCAACAGUGAAAGCCCCAGAAAUAUUUCUGCAUCCUCCAGGACACAGUAUAGUUCACACAGACACUUGGAUACCUGCGAAUUCCAGGGGGAGGGGCAGAGAGAGAGAGAGAGUGCCAGUGCCAGUCCAAUGUAACAGGCACUAUAGGCCCAGAGACGUGGGUGGAUGAAUCUGUGUGAUAGUAUCUUUUUCUCCAUUGAUUCCCAAAUUAACUGCUAAAAUGAGCAAAGAUAAUUUUCCAUUAUGAGAAACCUAUAGGGGUUAGAGCCACAGAAGCCAAAGGGCCCUUCCCUGUCUUAAAACAUAACUGUGGCUUUCAUUUCAUUUUUUAACAAUCUUCCAAGGAAAUGGCUUGCCUUUCUGGUGGUAGUGUUGUUGAAACCCAUUGUUUAAAAUCUUAACCCAGAAGGGAAAAUCUUCUUUGUUCUGUUCUGCACCACUGUCUUGUAUCUUUCUCUAAAAGUGCCGUAAAGUUUUUUGGGUUCAAACUAGGGAUUGACACAUUCCCCUUGGAUCAAUAAUAGAACUGGCUCUGAAAGUAUAAGCUUUCUUGGUAAGCAUUUUAGAAAAGGCUUGGCUGUCUUGCCCCCCAAAUUCAUUCCAGUUCAUAAUGUUGGCAUGUGUGUGCUGAUACUGCAACACAUGGGUGUGUUAUUAUAUUGCCUCCCUGAGCAUUGGAGAUUGGUUUCACUUGCCCCAGUCCCAGACAUGGAAAAGAGCUAUCUGGAAAUUCAAGCACGCACAUGCCCUGAACAAACUCACCUGGGACCAACAGAGUUUUAGUUCGAGAAGAGCAACGACAUCAUCAUGUGUUUGCAAGAAAGAGGCAGGAGAAUUGAUUGACCCAAGUAUAGGUGACACUUGCCAAACAAAAGUCUGCUUGGGUAGGUGAGCCUGGUCACAUUGGUUACAAGAAUCAAUGAGAGUUUAUUUCAUCAUGAAUAAGCAGUUUAAUAUUAAAGAACUUCUGUGCCUACUACACAGCAGCUGGCUUUUGCCACCACUUCUGCCCACUGCUGACUAUGCAUGCUCAGAAUCUUUUUAAAUAUACCAAGCUGGAGAGGAACUUCUCAAGAAAAAAUGGCAAUUCAUAACAUUGCCAAGCAUUGUAAACUAGAUAGAUUUGUUUACUGAGCCAGGAAACAGUGAAUUUCAGCAACAUUAUUAAUUCAAACCUACCACUUGGAAAUUA